AUCGCGGAACUACUUUCAGCGCGUUAAGCGAACAAUAGGGAUCCCAGAAGUGUUUCGGACGCGGUCGUGUUCGUAUAUGGUUGCACGCAUGCUUUUUUCUCGUAUUGCCUCGCGUGAACGUGUACACAUUUUUGUUGGACGUAUCGGAGGUGACAUAGAUUUCGGACGAUGUGCGUGGUCAAGUGACGGUACGCGGAUUUUAUACUGAAGUGCACCGAAGUGUUGGUUCUUUCUAGUGUGUGCGCCCGGGUCCCGAUGAGUGUGUGUCUACUCGAUGUGUGUGGAUAAAAUUCACGGCAUCAUGUUGCCACAACGAAAAUUGGAUUACGCAUCGAUGGCGUGUUUUCUUCUGCCUCUGCUCAUCCUUGUUUUCUUUCCUGCGGUGUCCGGUUUCGUGUCGUGUUCGCCGAGUCCCUGCAAAAACGAAGGAGUUUGCGUAUCAUCACCACGCGGCGAGUCGCAUUGCAAAUGCACGUCGAAAUACGUGGGAGAAUACUGUCAACAUCUGAACCCGUGCCACACGGGACCACGCUGUCAAAACGGUGGUUCGUGCAGGGUGAAGGAAAGUAGCGGGGGUGGUACACCUUCGUUUACCUGUUCCUGUCCUGUCGGUUUUACCGCGAGCCUGUGCGAGAUACCCAUCGAGAACGCGUGCGACUCAUCUCCGUGUUUGAACGGUGCCACUUGCAAUCUGAAAUCGCUCCAUGAAUACGUUUGCACCUGUGCCACUGGAUACACCGGCGAGCACUGCGAACGACAAGACCACUGCGCCUCGUCGCCUUGUCGAAACGGGGCCGAGUGUCUGUCGCUGGAGGACAGCUACAAGUGCACGUGUGCACCCGGCUUUACGGGGCCGAAUUGCGCGGACGACAUCGACGAAUGCGACAGGAACCCGUGCAGACAUGGCUCCUGCAAGAACAUUCACGGAUCGUACAAAUGCAUGUGCUCGAGCGGAUACACUGGCCAAAAUUGCGAGAACGAGUAUAUUCCCUGCGACCCAUCGCCGUGUAAAAAUGGAGGCACGUGUCGUCAGAUCGACGAUUUGGAUUACCAGUGCAUCUGUCCCGAGGGUUUCCGCGGAGAUCAGUGCGAGGAGAAUAUCGACGACUGUCCUGGAAAUUUGUGCCAAAACGGUGCAACCUGCAUGGACAGGAUAAAUGAGUACUCGUGCCUAUGUCCUCCGUCGUACACAGGCACGCAGUGCGAACUGGACGUGGACGAGUGCUCGGUUCGGCCUUCGUUGUGCCACAACGGUGCCACGUGUACCAAUUCACCCGGUAGCUACUCGUGCAUAUGCGUGAAUGGCUGGACCGGGCCCGACUGCAGCGUCAACAUCGACGAUUGCGCAGGUGCUGCCUGCUUCAACGGGGCUACCUGUAUCGAUCGUGUUGGCAGCUUUUACUGUCAAUGCACCUACGGAAAGACCGGAUUGCUCUGCCAUCUCGACGAUGCUUGCACCUCGAAUCCCUGUCACGAGGGUGCGAUCUGCGAUACCAGUCCCAUCAAUGGAUCGUUCGCGUGUUCCUGUGCAACCGGAUACAAGGGGGUAGACUGCUCGGAGGACAUCGACGAGUGCGAGCAAGGAUCCCCUUGCGAACACGAUGGUAUUUGCGUGAACACACCUGGCUCGUUCGCCUGCAACUGUGCACAAGGAUUCACGGGACCGAGAUGCGAGACAAACGUGAACGAGUGCGAGUCCCAUCCCUGUCAGAACGACGGCUCGUGUCUGGACGAUCCUGGGACCUUUCGUUGCGUCUGCAUGCCUGGUUUCACUGGUACCCAGUGCGAGAUCGACAUCGACGAGUGCGCGGCAAAGCCAUGCCUGAACAGAGGCGUCUGCACCGACCUGAUCAAUUCCUUUAAAUGCAACUGUGCCAACGGAUUUGCUGGUUCUCACUGUCAAAUCAAUAUAGACGACUGCGCCUCGUCACCGUGCAAGAACGGCGGUAUCUGUCAGGAUUCUAUAGCCAAGUACACGUGCGACUGCCCGCCAGGAUUCACUGGAGCAUCCUGCGAAACGAACAUCAACGACUGCCAAUCCAAUCCUUGCCACAGCGGCACUUGCAUCGAUGGCGAGAACAGCUUCAGCUGCAAUUGCUUCCCAGGAUUCACCGGCAAACUGUGUCAGACGCAGAUCGACGAGUGCGAGAGCAAUCCUUGCCAAUUUGGAGGAAGGUGCGAAGACCGUAUUAAUGGUUACCAAUGUAUUUGUAGACCUGGCACCUCUGGAACAAACUGCGAGGUGAACGUGAACGAAUGUUAUAGCAAUCCAUGUAGAAACGGAGCCAAGUGUAUCGACGGGAUCAAUAGAUACUCGUGCGAGUGCGAGCCGGGAUUCACCGGUCAACACUGUGAAACGGAUAUCAACGAGUGCGCCAGCAAUCCCUGCGCCAACGGCGGACGGUGCAUAGAUUUGAUAAAUGGCUUCCGGUGCGAUUGUCCUCGCGGUUACUACGACGCUAGAUGUUUAAGCGACGUGGACGAAUGCGCCAGCAAUCCUUGCGUGAACGGUGGCACUUGCGAGGACGGUGUCAACCAGUUUAUCUGCCACUGUUUGCCCGGUUAUGGUGGCAAGAGAUGCGAGGCGGACAUCGACGAAUGCGGCUCGAAUCCUUGUCAACACGGUGGCACCUGCAACGACCAUCUGAAUGGAUACAGCUGCAAGUGCCUAGCUGGAUACGCUGGUACUAAUUGCGAGACAAAUAUCGACGAUUGCGCGGACAAUCCUUGCCAGAACGGCGGUUCUUGCAUCGACCUUGUCAACGAUUAUAAAUGCGUUUGCGAAUUGCCACACACGGGGAGGAACUGCGAGGACAAGCUAGAUCCUUGUUCACCUAACAAAUGUCUUCAUGGCGCCAAGUGUUCACCAUCCUCAAAUUUCCUGGAUUUCGCCUGCACUUGCACGGUCGGUUACACUGGCAGACUCUGCGACGAGGACGUCGACGAGUGUGUAAUGACCUCUCCAUGCAGAAACGGUGCUACCUGCAGAAACACCAAUGGCUCGUACCAGUGCCUUUGUGCAAAGGGCUACGAAGGUCGGGAUUGUAUCAUUAACACCGAUGACUGCGCUUCCUUUCCCUGUCAGAAUGGCGGCACUUGCUUGGACGGUAUCGGCGACUAUACCUGUCUCUGCGUAGAUGGUUUCAGUGGCAAACACUGCGAGAUCGAUGUAGACGAAUGUUUGUCACAACCAUGUCAAAACGGUGCAAUCUGCAAAGAAUACGUAAACUCGUACACCUGUCAAUGUCAACUCGGAUUCUCCGGUAUAAAUUGUCAAACCAACGACGAAGAUUGCACCGACAGUAGCUGCAUGAAUGGCGGUAAAUGCAUCGACGGCAUCAACAACUAUACCUGUGUCUGCAAACCUGGCUACACCGGUUCAAACUGCCAGUAUCGUAUCAACGAAUGCGACAGUUUGCCCUGUCUGAAUGGAGCCACCUGUCACGACCACGUUCAGUAUUACACUUGCCACUGCCCUUACGGAUAUACCGGAGCCAGAUGCGAUCAGUACGUGGAUUGGUGUGCGGAUAAUCCCUGCGAGAACCAGGCUACCUGCGUCCAGCACAAAAAUAAGUACCAAUGUAAUUGUUCCCCUGGCUGGACCGGUAAAGUCUGUGACGUUGAGAUGGUUUCCUGCAAAGACGCGGCUAUAAGGAAAGGAGUGCCGGAGAAAAACCUGUGUAAUAACGGCACUUGCGAGGACAUAGGUAAUAGCCACCGUUGUCACUGCCUAGAAGGAUACACAGGUUCUUAUUGUCAAGAAGAAGUCAACGAGUGUGACUCCGCCCCGUGUCAAAACGGUGCUACUUGCAAGGAUCUCGUCGGAUCUUAUCAGUGUCAGUGUACGAAAGGUUUCCAAGGGCAGAAUUGCGAGCUUAACGUGGAUGAUUGCAGGCCUAAUCCUUGCCAGAACGGCGGCACGUGUCACGAUCUGAUCAGUAACUUCAGUUGCUCCUGUCCUCCUGGUACUUUAGGCUUCAUAUGCGAGCUGAACGUGGACGACUGUGCUGUCGGCACGUGCCACAACAACGGUACCUGUACCGACAAAGUCGGCGGAUUCGAGUGCAAAUGUCCUCCGGGCUUCGUGGGACCUAGAUGCGAGGGUGAUAUUAACGAGUGCUUGUCCAAUCCUUGUUCUUCGCCAGGGACUCAGGAUUGCGUGCAAUUAGUCAACAACUAUCACUGCAACUGCAAACCUGGCUACAUGGGACGCCACUGCGAGGUGAAAGUGAACUUCUGCGACAGCUCGCCGUGUCAAAAUGGAGGCGUUUGCACCGCGAAGCAAGCUGGACACACUUGUCUCUGCCCUAGUGACUAUUACGGAAACAAUUGCGAAUUCGCCGGCUCCUAUUGCGACAGAGAGCCUUGCUUGAAUGGCGGUACUUGCAGAGUGGCCGAAACGGACGUUGGAUACAGAUGUUAUUGUCCACCUGGAACGACCGGAACACACUGCGAGAUAGACGCCAGAGACGAAUGCGCCAGUAAUCCGUGCCAACAAUCCAAUGCCGUUUGCAAAAACCUUCUUGGCGAUUACGCUUGCGAUUGCCCACCCAAGUGGACCGGUAAGAACUGCGAAAUUUACGAUCCUAACUACGGAGGAGGUAUCUUUGGCAGUCCGAGCUCCAACAUCCCGAAAACCAUGAACGCGUAUGACCUUGAUUUGGAAUUGGAGAGAAAGAAAUGCAUUGAGAACAGAUGCGAGGAGAAGUCUGGUAACCACCAUUGUGACGAGGAAUGUAACAAAUACGCUUGCAACUUCGACGGAAAUGAUUGUUCCUUGGGUAUUAAUCCGUGGCGUAAUUGCACUGCUCCUAUCAACUGUUGGGACGUUUUCAUGAACGACGUUUGCGACGAGGUUUGCAACAAUGCCCAGUGUUUGUUCGAUGGAAGGGACUGCGAGAAGAAAUUGGCACCGUGCAAUCCUAUCUAUGACGCUUACUGUCGCAAACACUACGCCAACGGGCACUGCGAUUACGGCUGCAACAACGAGGAAUGUAAUU